UUUCUAUUUCAGUGUUUUUGUUGGGGCAGAAGAAGAAGAACUGAACGGCUAAAGGUUUGCCAGGAAAUUCUUGAACGGGAAUUAGGAAAAGGGAGAAGAUACAUCUUCUUCUUCCUUGUUCUGCAUAAUCAUCAUGGCCGGAGCUCUGAGGAUGAGUGAAGCUCAGUUCAUGAACACAUAUGACAAUGACUUCCCGUUGAAUCUGGUACCAUACGACUACAUCCCUCCUGUGGACAUCAAGACUGAACCCUACAUACCUGAGACUGCUCAUGGUCCAUACGUCCAGAUCAUUGAAGAACCCAAACAGAGGGGCUUUCGUUUCCGUUAUGAGUGUGAGGGUCCGUCUCAUGGUGGUCUGCCCGGUGCCUCCAGUGAAAAGAACAGAAGAACGUAUCCGACUGUUAAGAUCAACAACUAUGUGGGUCAUGCCCGGGUGGAGGUCCAACUGGUGACCCACACGGACCCUCCCAGGGUCCAUGCCCACAGCCUGGUGGGACGACACUGCACUGAGAAGGGCACGUGCACGCUGGAUAUAGGUCCUAAUGACCUCACGGCCUCGUUUAGUAACCUGGGGAUUCUACACGUGACCAAAAAGGGGGUCGUCGAAAUUCUGUGCAAGAGAUUGAAAGAUGAGAGGAAGAGGCAGAAAGGACCACACUCUAUUCUGACAGAUGAGGAGGAGGGAGCAUGUAUGAAGGAGGCGAAGGAGCUGGGGAAGGUGAUGGACCUGAAUAUCGUCAGGUUAAAGUUCACAGCCUUCCUGCAGGACAGUAAUGGAGGAUUCACCCGGGCCCUCAAACCUGUGGUCUCCAACCCCAUCUACGACAGCAAAUCUCCUAACGCCUCCAACCUGAAAAUUUCUCGUUUGGACAAGACGUGUGGCUCUGUACUGGGAGGAGACGAGAUUUUCCUGCUCUGCGACAAAGUGCAGAAAGAUGACAUUGAGAUUCGCUUCUACGAGGAGGAUGAGGACGGAGGAUGGGAGGCAUUUGGAGACUUUUCACCUACUGAUGUGCAUAAACAGUACGCCAUCGUGUUCAAAACGCCUCCAUAUCACAGCCUGGAGAUUGAACGCCCCGUUACUGUCUUCUUGCAGCUGAAGAGAAAGAAGGCAGGAGAUAGCAGCGACCCAAAACAAUUCACCUACAUCCCACAGGUCCAGGACAAAGAGGAAGUUCUGAGGAAGAAGCUGAAGCCUCUGCCGCACUAUGAACCGUGGAGAGGAGGCCGCGGGGGAGGCCGAGGGGGAGGAGGAGGAGUAGGUGGCUUUGGAGGAGGUGGAGCUGGAGAAGGAGGUUACCAGUUUAAUACGCAGAUGAACGGAGGGGGAGGACUUUUCUUUACUGGAGGUUUCACAGGUUUUGGCAAUGGUGGUGGAGGAGGUGGGACUCAGAUGUCAGGGUCCUCCUCCCAGACUACGUCCCCACUUCAGCAGCAGCUUUUUCACAUCGCCUCUUCUCUGCGCAAUCGUGCCUCUGCAAAUGCUCGACACGCUGCUGCCGCCCUGCUGGAAUACUGCAGUACUGGAAACCCCCGGGUGCUGCUGACCCUGCAGAGACACCUGUGCGGAGUCCAGGAUACAAAUGGCGAUACUCCUUUGCAUCUGGCCAUCAUCCACCAGCAGGUGGGCGUGGUCCAGCAGCUUAUCCAGACUCUGCUCAGCAGCGAACAGCGAGACAUCCUCAACACAACUAACCAACUGCAGCAGACUCCUCUCCAUCUAGCGGUGAUCACUCGGCAGGCGAAGGUGGUGGAGGCCUUGUUGAGGGUAGGGGCUGAUCCCAGUCUGUUAGACAAGGAUGGACGUAGCCCGCUGCACCUAGCGGCAUUGGCUGGAGACAAUGCAACACUUCGCCCCCUGCUGUCUCACCUAGGGGAAAGCCACGCCUACUUGGUCAACACACCCGACUACCAUGGUCUCCAUCCUCUGCACCUGGCAGUGAGGAGAGACGGCGAGCGUUGUCUCCGCCUUCUGGUGGAAGGCGGAGCCAAGAUCAAUACUCCUGAGCAAAAGAGCGGUCACACAGCACUGCACCUCGCCGUCAGAGACGACCUCUUCAAGGUGGCUUGUACACUAAUCACUGAGUUAAAAGCAGAUGUAAACUCAUGUACGUUUGGAGGAAACACCCCGCUGCACCUGGCCUCCAGUCUGGGCUCCCCCACCCUCUGUUCCAUGCUCAUCGCUGCAGGAGCUGAUAGAAAUAUGGAGAACGAUGAGCCUCUCGUCAGUGACUCGUCAGAGGAAGAUGAUGUCCCUGACCCCGCCUCCUCAGCCACACAGCCAAUCACAGCACGGAAGAGACGAGCAGGCCACACACCCUUGGACCUCGCCAGGUGCCAAAAGGUGAGGAACCUGUUAACUUCAAGACAGAGUCCAAAGCCAAGUCGUCACAUCAACAAGAGGAUGAAAGCAAGCAGUAGUGAAGACACUAAGUCAUCAGCCCCGUCCUCGUCGUUAGAUGAGGAAACAUUAGUUCGCCUGGUGGAGGUCUUGAGUGUCAACGACGUCUCCUGGAGGAACCUCGCCGAAAAAUUGGGGAUGAAAACGCUGACUCACCUUUACCAGGAGAGUGAAACGCCGUGUCAUCAUCUGUUGCAGCACUACAAGUUAGGGGGCGGUGCAGUGGACACACUGGUAGAAGCCCUGCAGUCGCUUGGUUUGUCGGAUGGCGUUCUUCUGCUGCGUCGCUCACAGCUGCAUGACGACAAACUCAGCACAGAUGCCACCGUAGACAGUGGCUUUGGCAGCCAACCAAUGGAAGAAGAUGUGGAGCCUGCUCUGGCCAAUCAGUGACUCAAUCAUCAUUACAGUUGUAAUAGAUGGUUGGCAAACCACACGUUAACAGAGAAGAAAAAGCACAUUUCUUUCCCGUCAGGCCCAAAUAGUUUUUUCACUUGAAUAAUGUCAAAAAAUAUUUAUGUAAAUGUUCUUUUACAUUUUAGUUAAAAGCUGUAAUUUUAUUCUGAAGCUAGACUGUUUUUUUAACAUUUUGAACUAAAUUUACCAUAACAAAAAAAAACUCACCAAAGGUAUUUUUAAACCAUGUCUAGUUUACAGGAACACGCAAAGAGAAAAUUAUGAAACAGAAACUGGAAUUUCCCAUAUUCCUUUAAAUCCUUAACAUGACAAGAUUUAGAUUUUGCACUAGUGAAGUGAAAUUGAACAGAAGCUGGUAAAAAUUACUAAACUAAAUAGAACAAAAACCAGAAAGAAGCUAUUUUAAUAUAAAUGAGAAAUACUUAUUUUGCUGUUAUAAAACAUGGCCUGUUAAAAAAAGCAGUUAUAGCAAUUAGAAAAAAUAAAACAUGCUUUUCAUCUUUCUUUACUUUUGUUAAAGUAUUUUGAUGUUUCUUUGUGUUUACUUUAGUGAAAGAGCAAUGUCAAAGAGAACUUGUUUUUUCUUGUAUGAAUGUAUUGUUAUAUAUGUAUUGUGUAAAUUAAGCUGGAAUACAAAUUUGAUUUUGA